AUGUACAAGGUUUUGAAGCGGAUUAUCCUGGACCGUCUCAUUAAACAUCGCGAAGAAACAACGCGCGACGCGCAAGCUGGCUUUCGUCCUGGCCUAGCUACGAUUGACCAAGUGUUCAUCCUCAGGAGAGUGAUCGAAAUCUGGCAGCGGUACUCUAGGCCAAUUCAAUUAGCGUUUCUGGACUUUGUAGCCGCUUUCGACUCCCCUCAUCGAGGCCGUCUUCUUAACGCGAAUGGAGUACCAGGAAAGUUCGUUCGCUUCCUUUAUGACAUGAAUCAACGAACAACUGCUACAUUUCGAAAACCAGCCAGAUAUACAACACCAUUUGAGGUGGUAACUGGAGUAAGACUAGGUGCAGUGGCAGGACCCUUUCUGUUCAACUUCGCUAUCGACGACAUCAUGCGAAGAACAGUCGAUCACUGUCCUGCUGACAUCGUCUUAGCAACAUCAUGUACCCCUUGA